CCCCAACAGAUAACCGCUAUAUAAAAGACCGCAUUUUGGCGAACAGGCACCACAACAUCUCAUUCGCUGUUCUUUCUAAUCCCCUCUCUCUGAAACCAUUAAUUCAUCAAUGGCUGAACAAGAUAACACUCAAAUUGAUGGAGAGAUUCAGAAUCUUGUUAACAAACUGGAUAAGUGCAUUGCAAACUUUGAUGGAAAGAGGCAAGUUUUGGAUAAUGCAAUUGGGGAAAAGAUCCAAUCACUGAAAAAAGAUCGAGGUGAAGCCAGGGAACUGAGGUUGAGUCUUCAUCAAGAAUCUGGUGAUACAAGGAGCAAGAAGAUUGAUGUUGUGAAUCAAUGGCUGAAUCAGAAGGCACUGAUCAGUGGUGACCCAGAUUACUAUGAUUUAUCUGUGCUUAUUGUUGAUGAUGAUCGUGCUGUUCGAGACAGCAGUCGGAGAGCGAUGAUGUCAUAUGGGGCACAGAAGCAGUUUAUAAUAGAUGUUCAAGAGGCCAAGAAUGGAAGAGAAGCUGUUUAUCUUCAUCUUGGUGGAGCUUCUUUUGAUAUUAUUCUUAUGGACAGUCAAAUGCCCGUCAUGACGGGACAUGAGGCAGUAAAGAAGUUGCGUCAGAUGGGUGUUAAGAGCCGGAUCAUCGGUGUCAGUUAUCAAUUUGAGAAACCAGCUUUCAGGGGCUCAAGCAUAAACAAGUGGAUCAAAAAGCCAUUGAAUCUUGAAAAGAUCGCUGCUAUCUUUUGUUAACCCAACAAACGGAGAGUUUCUAGGUCGCAUUGGUUUGUGUUAGCUUUUUUUCCAAGUUAGAUGCAGAGAUGAGCUCUAUGAAUAAAGUUUCCGGCUAGCAAGAUGAAUUGGGAAGUGUUGUAUUGCUUAACUGUAUUGGUUUUCAUUGAUCUGGUUCUGAUGUUGAUCAUUUAUCUGGUCAGUAUUUGUUUUCACUGAUCUGAUAGAAACUCAGAUUUAGUUAGUGCGGAGAUGACUCCAAUGUAUACAGAAUUUCAGUUUUGUUUCUGCAGCAAUUCAUAUUCCUUAUAAGCA